CGUGUGAAGCGGGAGAACGAAGCUGCUGGAGACUCCAUAAAAGUUGGUGCGCGCGGAGUGGAGCUGUCAGAGCGAGCAGAGACACGGAGGAGCACGCGCUGAGGCACUGAGGCGACUGCACUGACACGGCUCUGCUCCACACGGGUUUGACACAAGUGCUGGGGAUGCAGGAGGAAGCUAUUAGGCACCGGGACGUACCCCACAUCCUCCAAGCUCGUGUUUAUUAGAUCCACGGAUUUUAGCGACAUUUAAGAAGGUUGGGAAAUCAGGACCACCCCAUGUGCGUCAGCUGAGAUGCCAGAGAAUAAUUCCGAUUGCUAUUAAAGCCAAUUUUUUUUUUUUUUACCAUAAGGAAAACCGCUGCGCAAAGGUGUAGCCUAUUUGCCCCGGUCCAACGCGCCAAUGUGUGCACCGCAUCGGGUCACCAGUGGAUUGUAGCACUCUGCAGAUGCGAUAAAGGGCGUGAAAGAGCGGGAAGGGAGUGGGACGCCUACAGGAUGAGUGAGAGGUACGCUCAGAGCAGAAGCAGAGGGGCUGUUCUCGUCAUGGUGCUGGUAGUCUGCCUAUGGGACAUGCUGCUGCCAACAGAGGGCUCCUUAGCAACUCAUCAGGUCCGGACAGGGACCUGUGAAGUGGUGGCGCUUCAUCGCUGCUGCAACAAGAAUAAGAUCGAGGAGCGUUCACAAACUGUCAAGUGUUCCUGUUUCCCGGGGCAAGUGGCCGGCACGACCAGAGCUGCACCCUCAUGUGUAGACGCCUCGAUAGUGGAGCAGAAGUGGUGGUGUCAGAUGCACCCGUGCCUUGAUGGAGAGGAGUGCAAAGUACUUCCUGAUCUCAAGGGCUGGAGCUGCGCUACGGGCAACAAGAUCAAAACUACCAAGAUUUCUGCUGACAGAGACCAACUAUGGUAACGCCAGAGAUUACACAGUGGAUUUCAGGCAAAGCGUGGUUGCUUGGAUCAUCAAAAGAGAAGAGAGUGAUGCAAUGGACCUUUCUGUAAAUAGAGACUGAAGUUCUGUGGAGAAUAACAAAUAUUUUGGACAGAACAAUGAUUGCUUCCUGACAAACAAUCUUAUGGAUAUGAACCUGAAAAAGCAGCUAUUGAAAGAACUGACCAAUCAGCACGUCUGACUGCUUAUACUUAGCCUUAUAUCAGAUGGAGGAUUUUCUCACAAUCUACAGCUUGGAGCAGAAUACAAUGGGGACUCUCUGCCUUUCUGUACAUUUUAAGACUCUCCUUUGGAAACAUUUCCUUCAAAAGAUUACGAUUCUAUAGGGUGAACAGUAGGUUGGGACUUUUACUUUGUCAUCGGUCAACCUGUCUCUUUCUAAUUCUGUCUAGCUCGUUCAGCCCUUCUAUUUCUUUAAUUAUACAGAAGACGAAAGCCCAAUGCCCAAGAAUAAAGUGUAAAUGGUAGGACCUAUAUUAUUAUUGAUCAUUUUAUACAAGGCUAUAGAAAGUUAGUAAUAACAGUAAAAUGCAAUUCUGUCAACUGGACAAAAUGUUUUUGAGUGAAGAUAUUUCGCUGCUCAUCCAAGUGGCUUCUUCAGUUCUGGUCUAAUUGCUGGUGGAUUGCUAUAGAAAGUUGUUAAAAUACUUGAUAGCAUAAAGAAACGUAGUUGCCGAGUACUGACACAAUGCUCUACAUAAAUACUGAUCAAAUACUGUUUUUACGCAGUUUAUUAAAACAAUUAAACUAACUUACUUAGUUCAAAAUGGGAGAAUGUAAAAAACUUUGGAAGUCACUAGACAAGUAACAGAAAAAGUUAGUGCCUGCAUUUUCAUGAAGCACUAUGGAGUUUUAUGCAAUUAGAUGACUAAUGUUAAUCUUUGGUUGUGUACCCUUAUCUAACCUGCUUUUUUUUUUUUUAUUUUAUGUCAACUUAUGCCAUCCGAUCAAUGCCUGGACAGACGUUACAUUGUUUUACCUCAUCUCUUCUUCUACAGUAUGUUGAGCGCACUCACAAACAUAUACAGUGUACUUUACAGCUAACAUUGUACUACUGAUCAAACUCAGCCACUGACAAAGUUGGACGGGAUCCCGGUUUUGGCUUGCUGUUAAAACCACUCUCAUUUCCUUUGGCUCGUGCCAGGUUUUGUUUUUGUAUCACUCCUCUUCAGUGCGGAUCACAGAGCAGAGACUGUGUGUAAAUUAAAAACGCAGCAUCUGGUUGUCAAGUGAAAAUGACAAACACUUGAACCAAUCAGAGCUUUCGGCUGUUCCCCUUUCCUAGGUAUCGCUGACACGUCUAUUGUCUGUGUAAGUGAUGAGACGUAAUAAACUAUGGUUGUGUACCUAAAUGUAUCUCUCUUCAAUACUGCACACAUUCAAUAUAUUCUUCUAUACAGUACACAAGCAAUAUACAUAUGCUCUACUGGGUGGUAAUUCUGUCAGUCAUAGGGGAUGUGUCUCUACAAAUAUAAUGUCUUGAUAAAUCGUCCCCUAAGAAUUAUAAGGUUAUAUCUGGCGUUUUAGUCGAAAUGAGUUAUGAGUUAAUAAAUUGCUGUUUCUGAAUGCC